AGCACGAGCAACGUUAAUUUUUUUAAGUAAAUCCGAAACUCCCCCUAAAAUACGUCACCCACCAGCCUUACGCCAACACAGCGACGGGUGGUUGAAGAGAAGAUGGAGAACUUUAUCCUGUACGAGAAGCUUGGAACCGGCCGGACCUCUGUUGUGUAUAAAGGAAGAAGAAAGGGCCAUCUCAGCUAUGUGGCCAUAAUCUGUACUGAUAAGUCCAAGAGACCUCUGGUCACCAACCAUGUUCGACUCAGCCAGGAUCUGGAGCACCCACAUAUAACGCACUUCUAUGAAUGGUAUGAGACGAGUAACCACCUCUGGCUUGUGGCUGAGCUUUGUACAGGUGGUUCCCUGGAGUUUGUAAUUGCUCGUGAUGGGAGGCUGCCGGAAGGUGUGGUGAGAAGCUUUGGAUGGGGCUUGGUCAAAGGACUGAAACACAUUCAUGAAUUAGGAGUCAUCCUGUCAGACCUGACUCCUGCUAAGAUCCUUCUGGAUGGUAGUGGUAUUUUGAAGUUUAGUAACUUCUACCUGUCCAAAGCUGAAGGAGAGAGGCUGGAGGACAUUUUCAAGUUGCUUUCUACAUCUGAGGAAGCUGGAGAAAGACGAGAAAACUUUGAUCAUCUGAGGAAAAAACUACAAGGUUGUCCGACUUACAGCGCUCCGGAGGUUUUGCAGGGAUCCGAGACCAGUGUGAGGUCUGACCUCUGGGCUCUGGGCUGUAUUCUCUACUACAUGUGCGCAGGUAAACCUCCUUUUAGUUCAGAUAGCCUCACUGACCUGACUGAGAUGAUUUUACAUCAGGAGCCACCACCUCUGAGGCAGACGGGUCAGGACUUCCAGAGUCUUCUGAAAGGCUUACUGAACAAAGACCCAGAUAAAAGGCUCAACUGGCCAGAGUUGUUGCAUCACCCGUUCUGGGCACAGAUAAAAAAGGCAGAAGAAGACGAUGCAAAGGGGGAUGAACACAUUGAUAAGGGAGGAGAAAAUGGCUGCAAGGGAGGAGACUCUAACCUAAGAAGCAAAAACACACCGGGCCUUUUCCGUCCAGGACAGACAGACAACACGUCCAGCAGCCAGCCAGGCUACGGGAAGUCAAAUAAACUUUCUUCUUCAAAUGUAACAAAUACGAGGUCAUGUGACCCAGAGACUGACGGCCUUCAAGCCAAACAUGUGAUGAGUGAAGCGUCAAAACAGGACAGGGUCCCGCAGAAGGAGGCAGGGAAGGAAAGAACUGAGAACGUGUUUCGGCUGAAGCCGAAGAGCGGAGAGGACCAGGACAACACUGAGCUCAUCUUCCUGCUCAGCUGCAGCCUGUCGGACUCUCUAGAACAGAGCUCAGCACCUGAGACUAACGCCGGUGCCGACGUGACCAAGUGUGUGAAACGUCUUCUCCAUACUGACUCUGAUCUGAAUGUGACUCCUAUUGUUGACAACCCCAAGAUCCUCAAGAGUCCUCCUGUUCGGUUCGACUCCAAAACCCUUUGUGUCCCCGCUUAUUCAGUGGAAAAGCUGCUCUCUCUGAGUGAUGACGAGUGGACUGCCUUUAUUUUACAACUUCAUUCCUGCUUUGAGGAACAGAAAUCGUCCGUGUCUCUCCUGCCCUCUAAUGUUCCUGCUCAGUCUACAGCUGUUCGAUCCAGGCUCAACCUGCUGUGCUACCUCUGCUGUGUGGCUGGAAACACAGUCGUAGCCAACAGGCUGAUGAACUCCUCUCUGCUCGUAGCGCUGACGCAGCAGUUACGCCAGGCUCCCAACUGGGAUGUGCGGAGCAAGGUCCUCAGACUGAUGGGUCUUCUGGCUUUGCACUGUGAUCUCCUGGAAGAGGACAGUUCUGUCUCUGAGGCUGUGUCAACAAUGACAGACCUGCUGAGGGAAAAUCUCAGGAACAGUAAACUGAAGCAGUUUGUGCUGCCGCCACUCGGGGAGUUCCUCUACCUCAUCUCUUCUCAGGAGGAGAAGAGAGGCUCCCCAGAGGGACUGUGGUUCAUUCCCACCACCGCCUACACCGGCUUAAUGAGGAGCCUGCGGGAAGGGGAUGACGCCGUUUCUCAUCACAUGGCUGUGAAAACCAUCGAGAACAUCUUCGCGACUGAUUCUGGCCUCUCUCAACAUUUGGCCACUACAGAGAUGGGCUCGGCCCUCUGGUACCUGUUCACUCACUCCACUGUGGAGGCUGUCAGAGUCACCGCAAUCUCUGCUCUUUCAAGGCUGACCCGGUUGGAUCCAGCAGUGUUCCUGUCAGUGAUGGACACCUGUGGCCCUGCAGCCAUCUUGGAGGGCAUAGGUGGAGCAGGGGCCAGGGUACAGCAGCACCUUCUCACUGCUGUGGCCUCUGCCUUACUCACCUCACACAUCCAGACCAAUCGCAUCACACAGAGCCGGGAUCUGGUGUUGAAGGUGCUGCGCUGCCUAGAAAGCCCGUCGACUCUAACGAGAGCGAAAGCAUUACUGCUGCUUCUGCUGCUGAUGCAGAACAACACACACACUCUGCUUUACUGCUGUCAGCACAGACUUGUGAUGUACCUGGAGAGAGACCUGCGGAAGGCAACUCCUCUGAGGGAGAAUCCCAGCCAGUCAGGAUACCUGGGUCAGUGUCUGGACCUUCUGCUUGGACAUCUGAGUGCCACUGCACCAGUGAUAAUGGAGGAUGUUUUAAACGCACUGGGAGGGGUUAUCGGGAGACGACACCCUUCUGCUGCUCAGAGUAAACAGCUUAAACAGACUUUACCAACAGUCUCUGUCGUUUUGGGGCUUCUUUCAUCUCAGGUCUUUAGACCUCGAAUCGUACAUGAAGAGUUCCUGGUUCAGAUCGGACUGGUGCUGAAAUACGUCACAUCCAUAGAGUCACAUGAAACGAACCUGGCCAGUGCUGUCGGUGCUUCAAUUCGUGAAGAUCUGAUUAGAACAACAUUAUCCAUCGUGGAGGUCCUGAGUCAGCACCACACUCUCAUCACUCAGUAUCAUGUGACUGUUGUGGAUGCCAUCCUGCCUCCUCUGACAACUCUGGCUUUCAGCAAAAAUGUGGAGUGGUCGGUGUUUGUUCUGAAGGUGCUGUCUGAACUCAGCCUGAUUCUGCUGGUCCAAGAUGAAGAUAUUCAAGAAAAUUUUGAAAAGACAGAAAACAGAGACAGAAAAGGAGAGGAUGGAAAAUCCUUGAGCCAAAUCUCAGCUCUCUACACCAAAUCCCUGCUUCCAAGGUUUGAAUCUCUUCUUACUGGACCAGAACCUGUUCCACUCUACGCCCUCAAACUGCUGGUGUCCAUGACCGAACACAGCAGUCAGAUCUGCAGGUUGAUCAAAUGCAGCAGGAUCCUGCCAGUGGUCUUCCAGCUCAUUGUGACUAACAACAUCUCCAGUGGAGUGGUCCAGCAUGCAGUUGUCCUGCUGUGUAAUCUUUGUGAAGACAUAGUGUUAGAUCAGCAUCUUUACCAGAAAGGGCUCGUGGAAGUGGUGGUGACUUCACUCUCCCAAGCUGCACCAGUCUACCUGGGUGGAGAGAAGCAAGCUGGAAGGAAAGUCAGCCACCUGGUGCUGCAAGCCUUUCUGGAGCUGCUUCACAACAUCCUGAAGCAGAUCUCAGCUGCUGUUCAAGCUGCGCUGCAGAGCCAGAGGCUAUCUUGUCCACCAGCAGAGACGGAGGCAGCAGAAAAGCUGCUCGUAGCCAACAGACCCCUGAGCCAACUCAGCACUCACCUCAUUCACAUGCUGUCCGGUGAAAACCAGGACGUGUGGGAGGAAUCUCUUCAGUGUCUGUCCUUACUGGUGCAGCUUUAUGCUGGAGAGGGUCAGGACUGCUUGUCACCUUCCUGUCUACAAAGCUUCUCACACAUCCUGCGGACAAACGCAAGCACCAAGUCGCUCCAGACUCAAAGCACGACACUAAGGAUCAUUAAACGGCUGAUACAAACUACAGAACGGUCUGACUGGUUAGAAUGUCCAGAGGGGGCGGGACUAAGGACUCUACUGCAGGAUAUUGCUACAUCCAACAGCUCCUGACUCCUCCUGUUGUGUCCUUCCUCUCCCACUUCUCCUCUUCCCUCCCCCGUCUACUCUCUUUUCUUUUCCUCCAGCAGAUGAAAGCUCAAAUCAGCCGUCGCCUUUGAAGUGGCCACCCCCCCUCCCUCCCACUGGAAGAGCGACGUGGAGGUUUUUAGGGGAAAGGGCAGGAGAUGAGAGGACUGACGAGGAAAGAAGGGAUGAGAGGGGAUGGGUGAGGUUUUAAUUGAGACGAGUUUGGGCCGCGGCGGAAGACGAUGCCACUGAGCCUUUACCAUGACAACCUGAGGAAUGCCUUUUCAAAGUCCUCAAGAGAGGGGCGUUUCUGGGAGUCUCUGUUCCAAAAGAAAAGCCUCGAGGCCCGAUCCUAGUCUCUAACAUCUGUAUGGCCGCUAAGCUGCUCUUUAGUAAACACACACCUGUGAUGUUUAGUCAAACAGCUGAUGGAGUGCCACCCAUCCUGGAAAGACCAGAUGAUGAUUAUCGGGUGUUCAGACAUAACCCGUUAGAAUAAAGUGUCUCUUUGCUGAUAUCCUGUCCUCUGAGCCGUGCCGGGACUCAAAACCUCCAUCAACCCAAAACUUUGAAGGGUUUCCGAGACCUCUGGGAGCUGUUCUAAUUAGAUUAAUAGGAAGGUGUGUGUGUGUGUGUUGCCCUCAGACACCUGGGUUAAAGACAAGAGGGGAGGAAGUUAUGAUUAAGGGUUUCACAAUAACCUGAAACCACUGAAGUGACUUCAGAUCAACUAUCUGAGUUACUUGAUGAUGAAUGGUGACAUCGCAUCUUCUAGGAUGUUCUCUGAUCAGCUGUGGCCAACCAUUAGAGCCGUCUCUUUGUGGAGGACAGAUGGCAGCAGGACCCACAGACAACCUUUAGCUCUGACGGCUGCGGUGUCUGGUUUAGUAGUGGGAUUACUUCUGUUCAGUGACUCCAUCCAUCCAUUUUCAGCCGCUUUGUAUCCGUGAUCUCGCUCUUUUGGCCUCUACCCAAAGUUCGUGACCAUAGGUGAGGGUAGGAACAUAGAUCGAACGGUAAAUCGAGAGCUUCACCUUCUGACUCAGCUCUCUUCACCACGACAGACCGGUACAACACCCGCAUCACUGCAGAUGCAGCACCAGUCUGCCUAUCGAUCUCACGCUCUAGCUUUCCCUCACUCGUGAACAAGACCCCCGACAUACUUGAACUCCGUGAUGAAGCCAACAGAACCACAUCAUCUGCAAAGAGUAGAGACUCUGUCCUUAGGCACUGCCUUUAAAACGUUUGCAAUGUUUUCUUUUUCUGAAGAUGGAAACUGAAAUCCGGCGUGUUUAUAACCUUCAUGUUUCAUGUGUUUCAGGUGCCAUGCUGACGUGACUUCUCUGGCUGCUGAAGUCCUCGGAGAGAUCUCUUUCCUAAAACAUCCAUCCUCCAGCCAACCAGAGAAGCUCCAACCUUUAUGAUUUAGUCUUGUUGUCAUGGAAACCUUGUUUCAACAGCUUGAUGCCAUUUUUGUUGUUCAUGUUAAACAGAGGAGACAUUUAGAAACGUUGUCCUAUUACCUGUUCCAGUAAAUACUAAAAGUAUCA